GCAUCAUCCGACGGACCUGCAACCGCUCACUUCUAUCCGGCUGUCUGUCGAGGCUCACUUUUAUUUCCUCCGUCGCCAAAUUACAACAAUAAUACAACAACAAAAUAAACAGCUUAAGCUGCUAGAGGCUCGACAGAAGAGCGUUUUUGAAGCCUUUUUCCUCCUCGUCCUCGACCCUCCAGACAGCAGACCGGACUUCUCCCGUUCACUCACAAGCAGGAAAAAUGGGGAAACAGAACAGCAAGCUGACCCCUGAAGUGAUGGAGGAUCUGGUGAAGAACACAGAGUUUAACGAACACGAGCUGAAGCAGUGGUACAAGGGAUUCCUGAAGGACUGUCCCACCGGCCGACUCAACCUGGAGGAGUUCCAGCAGCUCUACGUCAAGUUCUUCCCUUACGGCGAUGCCUCCAAGUUCGCCCAGCACGCCUUCAGGACCUUCGACAAGAACGGCGACGGCACCAUCGACUUCAGAGAGUUCAUCUGCGCGCUGUCCAUCACAUCACGGGGAAGCUUCGAGCAGAAACUCAACUGGGCCUUCAACAUGUACGACCUGGAUGGAGACGGCAAGAUCACACGGGUGGAGAUGUUGGAGAUCAUCGAGGCGAUCUACAAGAUGGUGGGCACGGUGAUCAUGAUGAAGAUGAACGAGGACGGCCUGACGCCUGAGCAGAGGGUGGACAAGAUCUUCUCCAAGAUGGAUAAGAACAACGACGACCAGAUCUCGCUGGAGGAGUUCAAAGAGGCGGCCAAGAGCGACCCGUCCAUCGUAUUACUGCUGCAGUGUGACCUCCAGAAAUAGGCCGGGGGGCGAGCAGAGCGCCACACCAGCCGCCACGGACUGCACAGAAAGAAUUUCAUGUUCCAUUCAGUUUGCAGCUAUUUCCACUGAAAAAAAAAAAUAUGCUUGGACUACCUUUCAAUGGAUCUGCUUCUUGUGUUUGAAACACUCGUGUGCAUGAGAAUGUUAUUUGCUAUAAAAAUCAAGAUCUACACACAACAUACGACAACGUGCGCGGGUGGAACGGUGCGCACACACACACACACACACACACACACACACACACACACACACACACACACACACACCUCUCACUACAUAUGAACACCUCACACAAAUAAUAUUAUAUAGAAAUAUAAAUAUGAAUAUAUAUUUAAAUUAUUUAAAGAUCAACUGCCAAAAUGUGAAGUGUGCAAAGUAUUUUCCAUAAAGUUUCAUUCUACUGGAGCUUGCGCAUCGGUGAUGUGCUGCGUUGAAUUUGCCGCUACUCUAUUUAUUGUUCCGAGUUUACUGAUGCUAGCUGUAUGUGUUCCAUGAUACCAAGUAACGUUGACUGAACCAAAACUCCUACGAUAAUGUAUCUGCCUCCGAUAAGACACUCUGUCCAUGGUCUCGACUAUUAGCUCUAGAAGAGAUGGAUCGUCCAACUUUCUCCUUCCGAAACAUGCCUGUACUGUCAGUAAAGAAACUGUAAAUGUAGUUAAUUUGCAUGCCUUUAGGUUUCUGCCUUAAAAGACUCCUCAGUUUGCAUCCUGUGAUCGAAGACGGAAAGCCUUAUCCGAGCAGCGUGGUGACACUUUUAGAGGGGAGGCCGUGAGAUGGUUUUUACUGACUGCACAGGGAGGAGGAAAAACACUGCAGUAGGCCCUUCUGCAAGUAUCGUCGUAUGGGAUCUGUCGAGACGUUUUCUUUUGACUGCUUUAACUGUGGGAGCAUGUUUCCUCGUAGAUUAGCUGUGGUAUAUGUUGCUAAGAACUAAAUCCUUGCCCCCCAUGUGCAUUUAAACACACUCUCUCAUCACAAGCUCUCAAACGUUGGAGGAAUCGAUCAUUUUUUGUGCUAAUUUGUGCGGAGGCAACAUUCAAAUCAGGAUUCCCCACAGAAUGAGUUUAAUCAGAGCAUCACAUCCACGUUUUCUUUCUUUUUUUCUCCACUUUAGGGUUGCAUAUCAUUACAGAGAAUUCAGAGGAGUUUGUUUUUUAAGACACUUGGAGCGUUAAAGAAGAGCGUUUUCCUGUUUGUCUUUUUCAGUGGAAGUAAAUGAGAGCAGCAGUGAUUCCAGUAGAGCUAGCAGAGGACAGCCCUCACCGUAAAGCCAUGUGUUCGGUCAGUUUCAGCCCUUUUAUCAACCCUCCAAAGUCUCUCUUUACCAAUCAAUCGAUCUUUUUGUACUUUUUUACUCCCGUCUCUCACACAUUGUACCCGUACGUAGAUGUAGAGAAGUUCAGCGAAGCGUGGAACCACCUGAGGACGGUCUAGGAAACAGCCCGCCCUUAUCUUCUGAAUAAACGACCCGCUUUAACACUCGUGGAGGAUCAAGUCAUAAAACACAGUUCUGCAAUAAAAGCCGUCACACCAGUCCAUCGUCAUCGGCUCGUCCCCCCGCCUGCUCAGCUUUCUAACCUGAACUUCUUUACAUGAACAUCUUUGGCCAGUUUCUAAUUCCAACUCUGUUAUGACUAUUACUGCUAUCCAGAUACCAAAUGUAAGCAACGGCAACUGUGUACCAGGAUUCUUUUGUAGCAUGUAUUGUGUCCCUGAUGACAUGGCUGCACUACUCCCUGUGUUGUGAUUUAAUCUAAUAAAAGGAACUCAAUGGGC